AUGGCAGCGUCGACGGGGGCCGCCGCGCCCCCUCCUCGCUCUUUUGCAGACAUUCUCUCGGAUACCACCAUGCCUCCUCUUAUCCGCCCAUCAGAACGAUACAAAGGAAUGCCCGCCAUCUCCUUUUCAGACGAUGACGUCCACAUCUUCGCCCACAAAUUCAGAUAUGCUCUGGUAUGCAAAUUUGCGAAAUAUCGCCCGCCGAUGGCGGAACUCAGAAAGGCCUUUGAACUCAUUGGAUUUGGAGGCGCAUUCACACUAGGCCUCCUGGAUCAACGCCACAUUCUCAUGAAUUUCGAUCAUGAAACCGAUUUCCAAAGAUGCUGGCUAAGGAAGUCGUGCUCAAUCAAGGGAUCUUUAAUGCGAGUGUUUAAAUGGACACCUGAUUUCCGACCUGAAUAUGAAUCACCGAUUGUGCCCGUCUGGAUUUCAUUAGAGGGUCUGACGGCUCAUCUCCACGAAAAGAGAGCCAUCUACUCGAUAGCAAACCUCAUUGGCUCCCCACUGAAGGUAGAUGCUUUGACACUAUCCCACAAUCGACCUUCGACAGCGAGAGUUUGUGUGGAACUGGAUGUGAGCACCUCCCCGACGGAUCAGAUUUGGAUCAAUAAUGGGUCGUAUGGCGGGUUUAGCCAACGAGUCACGUACGAGUACACCCCACCGUACUGUCUAGACUGCCGCAGGUUUGGUUAUGUGACAUCUGAAUGCCGAACUACGAAAGACAAGCCCUUGAAUGAACCACGUCGUGAAGCCUUGGGAGUGACUGAUCAACGGCCUUCCCGGUAG